CGUCACUGAAAUGACCUAACUGAUAAGAAUGAAACGAAACAAUCCUAUAAAUUAGACGGAUUAGAUUCUAGAUUUACUUCACUCCUUCAAACAUUAUUCCCAAUGAAAUCUGUUAUCUGCCUCGUCUCCCUUUUCGCUGUGGCAGGCUGUUUCAACGUUGAGCGACAAUCUAGCUGUCCAAUGUUCUGCCCAAUGAACUACGCCCCCCUUUGUGGCUCUGAUGGCAAAACAUACAGCAACGAGUGCGAGCUCCACGUCACCAACUGUCUUCACAAGGUGAACGUGGUCAAAGUGCAUCAAGGGAGCUGUGAUGGCUCGGAUCUGGCGCAACUCCUCAGCGUGUCGCGCUAAUGAUCUCAACAAGUUUUCUGUAAAUUCGUAUAUUAAAAAGUCUUUGUUAAGUCUU